UUCGGCGCGACGGAAGGGGUGGCUUCUGCCUGGUACGGGCCGCUAUGAGCGGGGAUGAUGAGCUGAAUCUCUUAGUCAUUGUAGUUGAUACUAAUCCCAUUUGGUGGGGAAAGCAGACGUUAGCAGGAUCAGAGCUUUCAUUAUCAAAAUGCCUCGAUGCUACCAUGGUUUUGGGAAACUCACACUUAUUUAUGAACCGCAACAACAAACUUGCUGUGAUAGCCAGCCAUAUACGGGAAAGUCGUUUCCUGUACCCUGGAAAGCACUGGGCACCAGUUGAUGUUUUUGGAGAAUCUGGAGAAUCUAACAUUUUGGGAAGCAAAGAUGGAAAGUAUGAGUUAUUAACGACCAUCAAUGAAACUAUUGCAGAGGAGUUGAAGGAUCUCAUGACCAACACAGAAAUAAAAGGGCAACAGACUGAAACAUUACUGGCAGGAUCUCUUGCUAAAGCACUUUGCUAUAUUCACAGGAUGAUUAAAGCAGGAACAGCCGGCCAAGAAAUUAAGUCCAGGAUUUUGGUCAUAAAAGCUGCUGAAGACAGUGCAUUGCAGUACAUGAACUUUAUGAAUGUAAUCUUUGCUGCUCAAAAGCAGAAUAUCUUGAUUGAUGCCUGUGUUUUGGACUCUGAUUCAGGGCUCUUGCAGCAGGCUUGUGAUAUUACUGGUGGUGUCUACUUGAAAGUACCCCAUAUGCCAUCUCUUCUGCAGUACUUGCUGUGGGUUUAUUUGCCGGACCAGGAGCAAAGAUCUCAGCUGCUCCUCCCUCCCCCUGUCCACGUUGACUACCGAGCCGCCUGCUUCUGCCACAGAAACCUCAUUGAAAUCGGUUAUGUCUGCUCCGUGUGUCUGUCAAUAUUCUGCAACUUCAGUCCAAUUUGCACCACUUGUGAGACUGCAUUUAAGAUUUCUCUGCCUGCUGUCAUGAAAGCUAAGAAAAAGAAGCUUAAGUUGGCCAUCUAAUGGCAUUGGGAAUGUCUGUUGCCUUCUGUGUGCAAUUCCACGGCUCGGGUAGUGGCCGUAAAACUACCCGUGAUACUUGUGAGAUGCCAGAACAGAGAGACCCGUGUUAAAAUGGACAGACAGAGCUAAGCAGCUCAUGAAGCUUUGGGCACAAAUCUAGUCUCUUGCUGGCAAAUGGCAGUGCUCUCGUUUACCCUGUGUGUGGUGAAGUCGUCAUACUGAAUCUGUGAUUGCCUGCAGCUGGUGGAGAUAAGAAGACGGAAGCGACCCAACCCAAGGGCCUCCUGUACUAGAAUAUCCUUGGACCAAUGUCUAACAGAGCAAGCUAAUUUAAACUCCGAUUCUCCUUCAAAAGCCGUAUUUCGGCAUCUAAUUCCCACCUGUUCCCCAGCAACUGAAAUUUCAGGGCUCAGGGGCUGGUCCUGCAGAGCCGUUCUUAAGAGAGAGAACUUCCAGUUGAACGACUGCAGCAGCAUUGCAUGCUGGGCUGCUCUGAGCUAGGCUCUCCAAGACGGUUAGCAAGGAGUCUUGCGUGUUUCCAACGUUUCCCUUUUAGCAGCGUUACCUGCAUCUAGUUCAGGUGCAUUUUCGAUUCUUCUGCACCCAUGCCCUGCUCAGCCAAAUCUUGUGACAAUUACCAUCAAACCAUCCAGUCUUUUUCCUGCGGAAUGUUUCCCAACAUCCCACUGCUUCCAAACAACUGCUUGAUAAUUUCAGGAGUGAAAAUCGGUCACGUGCUUCCUUUUCUGGAUACAAUGAAAGAUCUGUUCUGUACCAGAAAGAAGAUUCUGAUAAAGGCAGAUGCUCCUUGGAACAGGUUGGUUCUCUUCUGAAAACUAGGGAAAGUUUGGCCUUCCACACGUACUAGCAAAUUUAAAACUGUGUGGCAGCCGUCUCCCACCUGUUUUCUUCUGGAUGUUUUUGCUUUCAGCUCCCACCUUCCACAGCCAGCAUGCAUGCUGAUUGGGGAUGAUAGGAAUAGUAGUCCAAAGCAGCUAACAGGUACCAGGUUGGGGAAGGAUGUUCUCUGGUUUAUCUUUUCCCACAUUGGAUCAACUGCAAGGAAAGAGCAGAUUGAUCGAGGCUGUUGAGUCUGUAACCAUCUUGUUCUCAUUUUCUCUCCGUUCAAGAGCAAGCAUUUGUCAUGUGGUUUUAUUUCUUUGAACAUUGCCAUGGCUUGAAAAGCAGCCAAAACACUGAUACUUUUUUUCCUGCAGUGCUCUUUGGUUCCUGAGCCCAAAUCUAAAGACUUGCGUUCCAUUUGGCAGUCCAGGAAGAGUCCUUUCUUCCUAGAAACUGUAUAAUUUAUGGAUCAUCUCUGUGUUACACCAACUCUCUUACUGUUUGCCAGUUAACGGCUGUUCUGUUUUAACACUGUUUUGUAACUUUUCCUUAAUAAAUUGUUCAUAAGAAAA